AUGGCACAGAGGGCAAAUGCCUACGGGCCCCCAGAGCAACAACAGUCCCGAGCACUGCCAGCUUCCUGGUACUGGAGAGACGAGCUGUACCAGUUGGAAAGGCGAGCCAUAUUCUCCAAGCGAUGGUUGCUCGUAACUCAUAAGUUGCGAUUCACGAAGCCCGGAGACUACCUUCGCUUCGAACAGGCCGGAUAUUCCUUUGUGCUUUGCCUGGCUAAGGAUGGCAAGACUAUCAACGGCUUCCACAACGUCUGCCGACAUCGAGCAUUUCCAGUGGUCACCGAAGAUGCUGGGAACGCGAGGAUAUUCUCGUGCAAGUAUCAUGGCUGGUCAUACAGUAUCAACGGUCAGCUUGCUAAAGCACCUCGGUUCGACACCGUAUCCUCGUUUGACAAGACCGACCACGGUCUGUUUCCUGUUCACGUGCACAUUGACGCCUUAGGCUUUGUCUGGGUCAACAUGGACGCAUCGUCGACUCCAAUACCGUGGGCGGAUGAUUUCGAGGGGGUUGACACCCAAGAGCGGUUCAAAGCCUUUGAUACCUCCAAUUACCACUUCGACCAUGUCUGGACCGCGCCAGGCAACUUCAAUUGGAAAACACUUGCCGACAACUACAACGAAUGUUAUCAUUGUCAAAUAGCCCAUCCUGAUGUCAGCAAGUUGGCCGACUUGUCCUUUUACUACACAAUUUCCAAACCUGGGUACAUUCAGCAUUUCUCGCGACCGAAGCAGGGAAAGGAAACCGACGACAUCAAGAACGUCAGCACAUAUUACUUCCCGAAUGCCUGCAUGACCAUUACGCCCGAAUUUUUCUACAUGAUGCGGUGUGUACCUUCGUCGGCCAGCACGGUCACGAUGGAAUACGAGGUCUACCGCCACAACGAUGCGACCGACGAGGGAUUCGAAUACAUUGAUGCCUGGUUCAAACGUGUGCUUAGUGAGGACAAAUACUUGUGUGAUAACGUGCAGAAGAACUUGAACGCGGGCGUAUUUGUUAAUGGAGAAUUACAUCCCGAACUUGAAAGCGCGCCAUUUCUCCUUCCUAGCAGCGAUGUCAUGAACGACGUGGCCGUCUGUUACUUCCGCUUUUGCCACAUGCAGCCUCUGUGGCUGUUCGAUCCGGCCGAAAUGACGUCCAUUCCAGACUAUCGCGAAGAAAUAUUGUUUUCUCUCCUGGCACUAGCUUCGUGUCACUCAAAGCAUCCGUUCUUACGCGGUCGAGCCGACGAAUUGAGCGAGAGUUACGCCCAAGCCGCCCGAGAACACCUGAUGCAGCGCAUCGCGAAGACCGGAGCCUCGCUCUCGACGAUACAGGGCCUCUGCAUGCUGGCGCUCGCUAACUUACAAGCCAACAAUUUAGUCCUCAUGCAACUGCACAUUGGUUUAGCGGUCACCCUCACAAAGUGCGCCAGAUUCGAUUUCGAGACACGCACUUCCGAGGACAUGUAUGGACAGCAAAGCUCGGCUACGGAUAUUUUGGAGGAUAUCUCACGUCCCCGAUAUGUCGCGGCUCACGUAGACUUCCGGAAGAAGUUGAGUGAGCUCCCGCCAUUUUUGCCACGAGAGGACACGAUACUCCGCCGCAGCACUUCUGUGCCUCAAAAGAACAGCGGAGUCUGGGCGUACAUGAUCCAACUUGGAUCGCUCUGGGCCGAAGUGCGGACCUAUGUGAAGCAAUGGGCUGAGCAGAUUGAUUCUGCGCCUGCUCCGUGGUCGAUCGACUCCGGUUACGCUGCGAUUGGUAGCCAUUUAAUGGAUCUGGAAACCAAGCUACCUGCUCGACAUCGCUUCGACCUUGCACGUUUUCCCGACCAGAACGAACAACAACUGCAAGAGAAUCGUGAAUACUGGAGCCCUUGGAUAUAUCUCCAGUUCACGUACCAUACGAUCCACAACAUCUUGAACCACCCAUUCUUGUACUCAGCCAGACCUCGUCAAUCGGCGCAACUCGCUGUUCCGAAUACUUUCUGGAAGACUUCUUCAGAACUUGCCUUCAUCCACAGUACCUGGGUCGCUCGGCUGAUCGAUAUGGUGACAAGUAAAUCGUACCGCGUCUCAGAUCCAUUCAUCGGUCACUGUACAGCAAUUGCAGCCACUGUGCACAUUUACUUCUGUCGGGCUGCGGACAAGACUACCAGAGAAUCAGCGAUAAGCAGACUUUCACGAUGUGCCGCAUAUCUCGCGGAACUAGCCUUACUCUGGCCCUCGUGCAAAUUUCUACACGCCAAGCUACAAGCCUUGGUUCAGUCAGCUUUUGCGUCCGACACGACGGAUCCAGAGAAUGUGCCUCGAAGAACUAUCUCCAUCAACACGCAGCUGAUGUGGGAUAUCAUCCUUUACGCUUCUGGCACGAAUAAAUUCACGUCGGUUGUUGGAGGCCUCCGAGACGGAACAGAGUUUCGGAGUGACUCUGAUUACGAAGAAGACAACACCAUCGAAAUGGAAAUCUCGCACGAACCUACAAUUGAAGUCAUUUUAUCGAACGGGCAGGCAGUGCCACCCCAGUCAGGCCAACGACGGAGCCGAGACAACACCAGCCAUUUGCAGUACAGUGAUGAUGCGAGCGAGCAAGCAGAAACCUCGGGUGUGCCUGCAGAUAGCAGCAUUGAGCGCUCUGAUCCCAACGGCCUUGCUUUCAGAUUCCUGGAGACCCGUUCCUGA